AUGGGACAGAUGUCUAAGGCCGUGGUCCUGCUGCUGUGCCUGGGCUUGAACUCCGCGCUGGCCCGCGGCUGCUUGCACUGCCGUGGCAACUUCUUGGAGUUCUACCGCCAUCACGUGAACCGCAGGUCCUGGUAGAUGGGCGAUAUCCCCAUGUCAGGCUCACUCCUCAGCUACUGGAGCCACGACGUGAUGAAGGAGCUGCCCCUGGCCAUCCCCGUCCAGGCGUUUCCCCGGCCCACCCGGGAAAAGCUGAACCAAGUGGCAAACGCCUUGUACCAGAAGAUGGAUCAGCUCUACCAGGGGAAGAUAUAUUUCCUGGAGUAUUUCCCCAGCGAACUUCUAGCCAUCUUCUGGGAGCAGGUGCACCUCAUCCAGAAUGCCAUCAUUGAAAGCAUCUUCCAAUACGAGACCAUCUCCUGUAGCAACUGCAUGGACUUGCACGGUGUGUGCUUUGGCUACAACUGCAAGUAGGGCUCAAGUGCAGCAUGGAAGACAGCUGUGCAUGGCCUCCUCCUUUACAUGAGUUGUAGAAAUAAUUGGCACAAACAGGACACCAACACAAGCCUGCUAUCACCAAGCUUCAAAGGUGUAGAGCCCCCAUACCUGGCCAAUCUGACCCUGGAAAAUGCUUCUGAGUGCCUGACACAGCACUGAUGGCCACCGGGCCCACUGGACCCACCCCAGCUGCAACUUGGGGCCAGGAUUCAGCUGGGCUGUCCCAGCCUGACCCUGUGGAGCAGGCUUGCUGCUCUCUGGGGUCCCUGCACACCUGCAUCAGAGCCCAGGCAGGG